AACCUUCUCAGCUCUCACCGGUGGAUAGAUAGAUGAUACUCCUCGCCUCGCCGCUUGCCUCCCCCAUUGCGCUCCCACCGGCGGCCGGAGUCGUCUCCCAAUCCGACCCAAGGUGGGGACCACCCUCCUGCUCGGUGGGCCCGAGCAGCCCGGCCAAGUGGCCGCCGAAACCCGCUAUAAAUCCCCCACGCUCCACCAGCCUCCGAUUCCACAGCCUACCUAGCUUCUCCUUCUCGCUCGCUUCGCCCGCAUAAGUCUAGCCACAAACCCGCCGCCGCCGCCGCCGCCGCCGCCGCUAGCUUCCGCGGAGCGGGGCGAGAUGUUCAUCGAGAGCUUCCGCGUGGAGAGCCCGCACGUGCGGUACGGCGCGGCGGAGAUCGAGUCGGACUACCAGUACGACACGACGGAGCUGGUGCACGAGAGCCACGACGGCGCCUCCCGCUGGAUCGUCCGCCCCAAGUCCGUCCGCUACAACUUCCGGACCACCACCACCGUCCCCAAGCUCGGGGUGAUGCUCGUGGGGUGGGGCGGCAACAACGGCUCAACGCUGACGGCUGGGGUCAUCGCCAACAGGGAGGGAAUCUCAUGGGCGACCAAGGACAAGGUGCAGCAAGCCAACUACUAUGGCUCACUCACCCAGGCGUCCACCAUCAGGGUCGGGAGCUACAACGGGGAGGAGAUCUACGCGCCCUUCAAGAGCCUCCUGCCCAUGGUGAACCCUGAUGACCUUGUGUUCGGGGGCUGGGACAUUAGCAACAUGAACCUGGCUGAUGCUAUGACCAGGGCAAAGGUACUUGACAUUGAUCUGCAGAAGCAGCUCAGACCUUACAUGGAGUCCAUGGUGCCUCUCCCCGGCAUCUAUGACCCCGACUUCAUCGCCGCCAACCAGGGAUCCCGCGCGAACAAUGUCAUCAAGGGCACCAAGAAGGAGCAGAUGGAGCAGAUCAUCAAGGACAUCAGGGAGUUCAAGGAAAAGAGCAAAGUGGACAAGGUGGUGGUGUUGUGGACUGCAAACACUGAAAGGUACAGCAAUGUCUGUGUUGGGCUCAAUGACACAAUGGAGAACCUCCUGGCGUCUGUGGACAAGAACGAGGCGGAGAUAUCACCAUCGACACUGUAUGCCAUUGCCUGCGUCAUGGAGGGUAUACCGUUCAUUAACGGGAGUCCUCAGAACACCUUUGUGCCUGGGCUGAUCGAUCUUGCUAUUAAGAACAACUGCCUGAUUGGUGGUGAUGAUUUCAAGAGUGGACAGACAAAGAUGAAGUCUGUCUUGGUUGAUUUCCUAGUUGGUGCUGGAAUAAAGCCCACCUCAAUUGUCAGCUACAACCACUUGGGGAAUAAUGAUGGCAUGAACCUUUCCGCACCUCAAACAUUCCGAUCCAAGGAGAUCUCCAAGAGCAAUGUGGUCGAUGACAUGGUCUCAAGCAAUGCCAUCCUCUAUGAGCUUGGCGAGCAUCCUGAUCAUGUUGUUGUGAUCAAGUAUGUGCCGUAUGUUGGAGACAGCAAGAGGGCAAUGGACGAGUACACCUCAGAGAUCUUCAUGGGGGGUAAGAGCACCAUCGUUCUGCACAACACCUGUGAGGACUCACUCCUUGCCGCGCCGAUCAUUCUUGAUCUGGUGCUCCUUGCCGAGCUCAGCACCAGGAUUCAGCUGAAAGCCGAGGGGGAGGAGAAGUUCCAUUCCUUCCAUCCAGUGGCUACCAUCCUGAGCUACCUCACCAAGGCACCCCUUGUGAGUGCAUACAUGCAUCUGUUCCUCCUGGCACACCAGUGGUGAACGCCCUGGCAAAGCAGAGGGCAAUGCUUGAGAACAUCAUGAGGGCCUGCGUUGGGCUGGCCCCCGAGAACAACAUGAUCCUGGAGUACAAGUGAGGGAGGCUGCCGAGGCCGAGCAGCCGUGGCAUGUGGCAAAGAGGCGAAUGGGAUGGAGCAAGAAAGACGUGAUUAGCUAGCUCUAAGAAUUGUUUUAGCUUCUCUUGUGAUUUUUCGGUCUUUCCCAUUCUUAACCUUCUGUGCUUUGUGUGAGACUCUUAUCGGGCUAUGCAACUAGCAGCAGCCUUACUAUGGUACUGGAUGAUGUUAUGGAGAAUGUUAGCUAGUUCCCCUCUAUUUAUAACUUAUUAGUAUCGGAGAUUUCAGUUCA